AUGCCGCUGAGCGAGCUGCUGGAGCGCCGGUCCCGCGCGGUCGACGACUUUGCGGAAGCGGCGUCGGUGGGAGCCGUGUGGCUGUCGCUCGAGGCCGUCGGGGAGGCGCCCCCAAAAGUGAAGGCGGAAGUCAAGGAGUACGUGAGGUCGGGCAGGCUGGAUUUGGGGGGCGGCGCGCCGACAGCCGCCAAUGUCACCAUGCUCAGCGCGCCAGACCUGCAGUACACCGGCUACUUCUCGUCGUCCAUCUUCCGAGCCGUGCCGCGCAGCGGGCCGCCGAAGGCGCCGGCCGCCGCGCAGCUGCUCGCGACGCUGCGGCCGCAGCUGGAGGCGACCCGCGAGGCCCUGCGGUCCGGGCGGGCGGUGGUCACGCUAGUGCCUGGAGACAUCCUGGCCGUGAUGACAUCAGCGCCGCCAGAGCAGCCGGGCGACGCCAGCUGCAGCGGCGGCUUCGACGGCGGCGGCCUGCAGCUGGGCAGUCAAACCUUUGACUACAUCGACUGCAGCAACGUGGCGGACUACGUCUCGCUGCCGGCGCUGCUGCUGGCGGCUGUGCCGCUGCUGUCGCCCGCGCCCCACGCGCGGCUGCGGACGGAGAGCAUGGUGGCGUGGCAGGCGGCGCGCCUGCGCAACCCUUCUCUCGGCCUCGGCGCGUUUGUGGCCGACGCGCUCGCCGGCCUGCCGCUGCCCCUGCUGGAGCGGCUGUUUGGCCUGCGGCUGGCGGGUGCCGCGCCGCUGCCCGCCGGCCGGGGCGCCCUGCGGGCCGAGUGGGCGCCGGCGCCGCCGAGCGGCAGCGGCGGCGUCACCGCGGGCGGCCUGCUUCUGGACCUGCUGCCCGCUUUUCAGCGGCUUGUGUCAAAGCACGCCACCGCUUUGCCAGUGACCGGCGCUUUGGAUGAGGCGGCGCCGCUGGCGCUGGCGCAGCUGCUCGCGCUCGCCGCGCCCGACCACGCACCCGACCUGCUCCGCGCGCUGAUCGCGGCCGCGGCCGGCGGCGGCGGCGUCAUCCCUGCGCGCCUAUUUGAGGCCGAGCUGCUGACACACGUGGGGGCGCAGGCGGGGAGCGCGUCCGGGCCGCUGGUGCGGGUGACGUACCCGGCCAAGCCCGGCACUGCGCUGUGGCAGUACAAACCUGACGCGCCGCUGCUGCUGGCGGUGAGCCAAGAGCCACUCGUGGCCGGGCAGCCGGUGGCUUUCAAGGAGCUGCAGCACCUGGUGUGCUCGUUUGCGUACGAUGAGGACGCCGCGACUGCGCACUGGCUGACGCCCGAGGCCGCGGCGAGCGGGGCUGCGGGCUCCCUGCACGUCACGCUUUGCGUGCUGAGCGACGUCGGCGCGGCAGCGACCGCUCUGGUCGCGGUGGGGCAGUCGGCGAAGCUUUGCACCCUGCGGCGCGAGGCCGUGCCUGCUGCUUCAGCCGCGUGGCGGCCGCUGGCGGCACCGCCGCCUGCCCUGGAGGCCCUAGACAUGGACCUGCUGCGUGAGCUCACCUGGCGCUUGGCGGCGGCGGCGCCGGCCGGCGAGAGGGAGUGGCGGGGCCAGGCGUGCCAUGCUGCUGGCGGCGCCGGCGCCGCCGUGGAUGUGCUGGCCCCAGGGCCGCUGCCCGCCGCGUUGGAGGCUGACAUCACUGCACGUGUCGAAGGGGGCGCCCUGGCGGUGACGGUGACGCCCAAGCAGGGCGGCGGCGGGGGCGCGGGGGCGGCCGUGGAGGAGCGCUUUGUGGUGGCGCUGCCUGAGGGCUGCGCGGGCGGCAGGGUGACGAGCGUCAAGCUCAGCCGGAGGCUGGGCCUGCUGACAGCGUGCGUGACGGCUGAGCUGUGA